AUGACGCCAAUACGGUCGAUAGAGCCGCAACCGGUGCGACCGUCCCACGGACCGCAUCAUGCGCUUCCACAGCUGGCCAUUCACCCGCAGCUGCGCUCAAACGAGCAGGCUCCUUCUCGGCCGAUAGCUCCUCCAACCCAGCAGUCGGCACCGCCGAAGCUGGCCCUCAAGCCCGUGGCACAAACACCGCAGGCGUCGCAGCCACAGAUCCAGAGCAACGGACCGCCUCCGGUGCUUCAGCCCCGACCACUUCCCCGGCUAGGCUCGUCUUCGUCGUCCUCAUCUCCUCCGCCGGUAUCUGCGCUCAAGCCGCGCCAUGUGAAAAUGGAGGACGACCUGGACAUGGGCAUGCUCUCGCAGAACUCGUCCAUGUCGUACUCCAUCGGCGUGUCGCCGGAGAUCACUAACAUUGUCACCUCCAAGGAAUGGGUACUUCCUCCGCGGCCGAAACCCGGCCGAAAGCCGUCCAACGACCUACCGCCAACCAAACGCAAAGCCCAGAACAGAGCUGCUCAGCGAGCGUUUCGAGAAAGACGAGCAGCCCGGGUCGUGGAGCUGGAGGACAAACUGCAGGAGGUGGAACAGGAACACGACGAGGUGGAAAAUGACUUACGUGCGGCGCUUCAAAACUCCAACACCGAGAACAACAAACUCAGAGCCGUGAUUGAAGAGCUGCGAAGCGAGGUGGAAAUGCUACGGGCACUCAAAACCCAGGACUCGCGCGAAUCUCUGUACGGCUUCGUCGACGCCAACCCGCUGGCUGUUAGAAGUUCCAUGUUUCCCAUGUCAGAACGAGCACGGCAACAGAGAGAGAUGGAGAAGGAACGCAAGAGCAACUUGGACAAGGAAAACGAAAACGAAAAGAAACCAGUAGCUAUCCUCCCCAAAGCCCGACCGCCCCGAAAACGACGAGAAUCGGUCAUCACCAUUGCUGACGAUACCCCAGGUGCCCAAACUGCGAAUAACAGCACUGGCCAUCAUCACCAUCAACAUCAACAUAACCACCAUGAUAUCACGCCAAUGAAACCGGACGAGGAACCCGACGACUGUGGACUGUGUGAGACUGGAGGAAAUUGUCUCUGUGAUACCCUGGGACUCAAGGCACCUCUUCCAGCUGAGGACCAAAACACGUACAUUGUUGGCGGCGUCAAUCUCAGUGAAAUCAAGCCUGUUGCUGCUGUUCCCCUCAAGAAGCGCCCUGCCUCAAAUGGGACGUCUAUGAUAAUCCGAAAGCGGUUCAAGCGCGUGUCUGAAGCCAACGAAAUCGAUUUUACAAAGACUUUUGGCUCCAAACCCACGACUCCACCUGUUCCUGAGCCUGUACACGUCCAUGGUCCCGAUUGCAAACAUUCAAAGACCCAAGUCGCCAAGAUCUCGCGAACACCGUCCAUCUCUAGUCUCAACAGUCCUGUGGACAGCAACUUUGUAGAUAAACCCUCCCCUCAGGUGGAUCCCUGUGGGUUCUGUUCCAACGGCACUCCUUGUCUCUGUGCUGGUCUUGACGAAGAGGAGGGAGCUGAAAAGCCCUGCUCUAGUGCCCUCAAGCCAGACAAGCCGGAAGUCAUUGAGAUUACAGACCACGCCGUCGACCAAGUGGCCAACGAGAUGGCAGAGGUCUCGGUCACCGAAGAAGAUCUGUCGUCCUGUCUGUGUGCUAAGGACCCCAAGGCUAACCUCUUUUGCACUGUGUUGAAAACUUCUGCCAGGCCCUGUGCUGAGUCCUCUUCUCCCGUCCUGGUGCCCUGUACAGACGCCUACAACAUUCUCAGUGGCCAUGCCCGAUUUGCCAACUCUUCUCUCGGCACUCUUGUGAGCAUGCUGCGCACCAGGAAUGGAAAAGUUGACGUUGAUUCGCUUUAUGCUGCCCUCGGUACUCUUGAUGAAUGA